AUGCUGGCCGAUGUGCCUGGAGCCUCAAGCCGGUGCCUUCCGGGGCCGGAGCCUGGGCCCCCGAGAGCUGCUUGCGCGCUGUGGCGCCGAGCUCUUGCCACCUGGAUGCGAGGGUCGGGAGAGCUUCAUGCCGCGGUGCGCGAUGACCCGGAUCCGCAGCGGCACCAGAUGCAGCUCAACCGAACUGCCGAGCCCUAUGUCUUAGAGGCCACGAUCGCCUCGGAACUGUGUGCCGGCAUGCGGCCUGCUGGGCUGGGAGGCUUCUUCCAGUCCGCCAAGCACCGCGCGGAGCAGAAACAGCACGCUGUCGUGGGCCAGUUCGCCAAUGAGGUCCCGAGUUCCAUCGCACCGGCCCGGAAGGCCUUCCAGAUGCAUCGUGGCGAAGGUCCUGCUUACCAGGGACACCAACAGGCAACCUCCGCCUUUAGAAGAGACUUGGAGCGUUCCGGACAUUUGUAG